AUGAGCCAGCAACAACACGACAUGUAUCUCGACUAUUCAGCCCCCCCAAACCGCUCGCCGAGCUCCUCGAGGGCGUACGCGGGCGGCUUCCAAUCUGGCAUGUCCCUACCCCGUCAGGCCCAGCGUCCUUACGACAACGGCUUGGGCUCCUCUGCCCUGUUCCCCUCUGACCGCCUUGGUUACAACCCUAGAGCCAUGGAUCAAAUGUCCGCCAAUGGAAUGCCCGGAGGAUAUAUGCUAGACAACAGCCAGACAUGGAACUACAAUGCCGGCGGUGUUGCAACCGUCAGCGGUGCCAUGAAUGGCGCCAAUCGACAGAGGAGCGUCAACCGCCGAGCCGCCCUGCCCACAAACUGGACCGACCAGGGCCUCGGUAUGCAUGGGUCAUACGGAUCCAGCAUUAACGGCGGAAUGUCGAACGGUCUUCGCUACGACGGACAAGGCGACAUGCGGCCCAGCUCACAAACAGAAGAGCAGCUGAUCCCUACCGCCAUUGUUAUCAAGAACAUUCCUUUCGCUGUUCGCAAAGAGACCCUUGCUGCCGUCAUGCUGGAAAUGCAUCUUCCUCAACCCUAUGCCUUCAACUACCACUUCGACAACGGUGUCUUCCGCGGUUUGGCUUUUGCCAACUUCCAGUCUCCCGAAGAUACCAAGAUUGUCAUCGAUGCCAUGAAUGGUAUGGAAGUUCACGGUCGCAAGCUGAGGGUUGAAUACAAGAAGAUGCUGCCGGAGGCCGAGCGAGAGCGUAUUGAACGUGAGAAGAGAGAAAGACGCGGACAACUCGAGGAGCAGCACCGCGCCCCAAUGCUGCACCAGCAGCCAUCGUUGCAGACUCUGAACAGUGUCUCGAGCAACCCGCCCCGCGGUCCACUAGAUGGAGAUAUUGACCUGAAUGACCCGGAGACUCUCGAAUUCUACACCGAGCUCACUCUUUUCAAGCGUGACACAUCCCGCGAAAUUCUCAUCUUCCCCUCCACCAUUGCGCCUGAGCAGCGCCGACGGAUUCACAUCCUCGCCCACCACAUGGGUCUAGAGCAUAGCUCUGUUGGAGAGGCCGAGUCGCGCCAGAUCCACGUAGUUAAGCGACAGCUUCCGUCGCCCACGGCCCAGAUUCAUUCACCCGCUGUGGGGCUGGACUACCACAAGAAGGGUCUCAGCAGAGCAGCUACCUUCGACUUCGCCGCGGACCGGGAGGCUCGCAGUGCCAGCACCAACUAUUCCCAUGCCAUCGGCCGCCAAGGCCCGACACUGGAGCUUCCCGGCAGCCCUGAUGGAAACGGUCUUGCUAAUCUUCGUGCUGCCAAGAGCUUUGCCGACCUGCGAUCUUUUAGCCCCAGCCCUUCUGCGUCCUCCUCGGGCUACCUGACCGCAAUGAACGGCAUUGGUAACAUCCCGCAGUCAGGUAACUCGAAUCCCCGCUUUGGCGACUACAACGGAGGCGUGAACCAGUCGGGUCAGCUCGCUACGCCCAACCUGACGCCCACUUCCGGUACGGUUGGUACUCCGGGAACCGACAGCAGCCUCCUCAGCUCGCUCGGCGGACUCAACCUCGGAUCGUACGAGUCUGCCGCUCACUCCCAGGCGCGCAGCACACCUGGUGCCAUUGGGAGCCAGCGCCCUGGUGCUAACAGCGGCAACCGCAACGCCCCCGAGAGGCAGCCCCGAGGUCCCGAGUGGGAAACGUCUGCUGGUUUCAACGGCCGCAACCGUUCCAACGGUCACAUGCAACGCGGAAGCGGUUAG